AUGCCAUGUUAUAUCGAUACGAUUGUAAAAAUUAUUCAAGUUUGUCAAUCUGAUAAUUUAACUCGUGUAUGGGAAAUAGGCAUUUAUCCGGUUGAGUGUGAAGAUUGUGAACUAGAGAUGGUUCUUUUCGUUCCUAUAAAUGAUCAUGAGAGAGAUCCUAAUUCGCAAUCUGUUUUUGUAACAAAUGAGUAUUACAGUAUGACUGUCGCGACAUCUACGCACCUUACGAUCCGAAGAGAUUCUGGUUCAAACAGUAUCGUAAAGGAUAAUAUUGGUCAAUAUGAUAGUUUUACUGUUAAGAUUGUAUUUCCAUAUCGUAAUAAUCGGUUUAAGCAUUUAAUGAAUUCUAUUCAACUAGAUGAAUCAGUACUCUUUGUUGUAGGACAAAAGGAAGUUAUACAAGGAGAUUUAUACUCAUAUGCUGUCGAGACUUCUUUUAUUAAUGUUUAUUCUGCGGAUAAAAAAAAACUUCAUGUUCUCAAACUACACCAGG